AUGAGUUUAUCGUUAGAUACAUCUUGUAAGAACGACACCAGCGUCGAUCCUACUUGGAAACGAGAUAUUCUAGAUAAAAACGCUGAUAAACGUUAUAAAACUGAGGAUGUGACGAAGACGAGAGGUAGCGAGUUUGAGGAUUACUUCUUGAAGCGUGAGUUAUUGAUGGGUAUUUUUGAGAAGGGGUUUGAACGCCCUUCUCCCAUCCAGGAAGAAAGUAUUCCUGUAGCACUUGCUGGUCAUGAUAUAUUAGCUAGAGCAAAGAACGGAACAGGGAAAACCGCUGCUUUUGUUAUACCUCUUUUACAAAAACUCGAUACCUCUGAACCUCAAAUUCAAGGAUUAAUAUUGUUACCAACUCGGGAAUUAGCACUUCAAACAAGUGCAGUAGUGAAGGAAUUGGGUAAAUAUUUGGAAGUCCAGUGUAUGGUAUCUACCGGUGGUACAUCAUUACGUAAUGAUAUAAUGAGGUUAUAUAAGCCAGUUCAUAUACUUUGUGGUACUCCAGGAAGAAUACUGGAUUUGACAAAUAAGGGUGUAGCAGUAUUAUCACAGUGCGCGACAGUAGUUUUAGACGAGGCUGAUAAGAUGCUUUCUCAGGAGUUUUGUCCAAUAGUUGAAGCUCUGCUUAAGUUCCUACCCACAGAGAAACAGAUUAUACUCUAUUCAGCCACCUUCCCAGCGAGCGUCCAAGCCUUUAAGGAACAAUACUUGCCAAACGCACAUGAGAUUAAUCUUAUGGAUGAUUUGACACUCAAAGGAAUAACACAAUUCUAUGCGUAUGUUGAGGAACGCCAGAAAGUACACUGUUUGUCAACUUUAUUCGCCAGACUACAGAUUAAUCAAGCCAUCAUAUUCUGUAAUUCGGUGGUGAGAGUUGAGUUGUUGGCUAAAAAGAUUACAGAACUGGGAUUCUCAUGUUUCUACAUCCAUGCCAAGAUGAUGCAGUCACAUAGGAAUCGAGUGUUUCAUGACUUCAGAAACGGGGCCUGUCGCUGUUUAGUAUCUUCUGAUUUGUUUACCAGAGGAAUUGAUUUUCGAUUCGUUAAUGUUGUCGUUAACUUUGACUUUCCAAAAAAUUCCUCCACUUAUCUACACAGAAUUGGAAGAUCUGGUCGAUUUGGACAUUUAGGUCUUGCAAUCAACUUAGUAACAGAACAAGAUAAAGAAUCACUCUUCAAAAUCGAAGAGGAAUUAGCGACAGAAAUAAAGCCAAUACCAGCACAUGUCGAUCCUGCUCUAUACUCAUAG